AUGUCAUAUUACAACAGCGCUUACGAUGAUUACAAUGAAGAGCAACAUGGGGAAUAUCAACCUGCUCGAGCCGGUUGGAAACAAUCUUCACUAACGGGACAAGAAGCGUAUCAGCCUCCUCCUCGCAGCGCCAGUCUCAAUAAUCCUACAACUCCAAAUUCUAAUAACAAUAUGAACGGUUAUGGUGGGGGGUAUCAACAGAACCCCAAUCUGGGGGCGACCUUCUAUCCAGGAGGAGGGGACGACUACUAUAUGCCUACUACUAAUGUAGUGUCUCCAAUGCCACAAAGAAUCAUGCCAGAGGUACCACAUAAUAUGCAAGAUAAUCUUGCAAAUCUGGAACUGAAUUCAGAUGGACGACACACCAGCGAAUCGCCGCGGUCGAGUUAUAGCAAUCGAAACAGCGGACCGGGCUACACAGCAAACUACGAACAUACAAAUGCGGCUAUAUAUCAGAAUUUAAAGGGGCCUUAUGGUACGCCACGAGUCCAGCCUGAUUCCCCGAGGUUUUCACCAUUUCCAAAACCCCGAAACGCAGGUCAGAACGUACCUUUAUCGGAUGAAGAUAAAGAGGAAGUUUUGGAGAGAGCUAGACCCAUGGUUUUGAAGUCUAGCGACCCAGAAAUGCAGUUGGCAUGGGCUCAGGAUGCGCUGUCCUGGGUAGAGGUAGCCAGUUCUACUUACGAGCGAAAGAACGACGACUCGCGAGCCCCAACACCCAAGAUUGAACAUCAAUUACGAGUUGACGCUAUAAGCAUCGUCAACUUUCUCGCAGAACAGCAACAUCCAAAGGCAGAAUUCAUGAAGGCGAUGUGGUUAGAGUUUGGUAAAUUUGGGUAUCGAAUGGAUAAAAAGGAAUCGUUCCAAGGUUACCAGCGAGCUGCACAAAAAGGAUAUGCUCGAGCAGAAUACCGAAUCGGAAUGCAAUUCGAGAAUACCAUGAACCCUACCAAGGCCGUUGAGCAUUAUCAAAGAGGUGUAUACUUGAAGGAUUCCGCGGCAAACUACAGGCUUGGAAUGGCUACCUUACUCGGUCAAUGUGGCAUGCAACAAGAUUAUGCAAGAGGUAUAGAUCUGAUACAAUUUGCAGCCGACACUGCGGACGAGAAUGCCCCUCAAGGUGCCUACGUUUACGGAAUGUUACUCGCCAGAGAGUUGCCAAACAUUACCAUGCCUGAUGAAUACUUACCGUAUGAUUUGAACGAAGCCAAAAUGUUCGUAGAAAAGGCCGCUUAUCUCGGAUUUGCCAAAGCACAACUCAAGAUGGCUCAAGCUUACGAACUUUGUCUAUUUGGCUGCGAAUUUGACCCUGCACUUUCUUUACAUUAUAACGCUCUUGCUGCCCGACAAGGAGAGCCCGAAGCCGAUAUGGCCAUCAGUAAAUGGUUCCUUUGUGGCUAUGAGGGUAUCUUCGAGAAGAAUGAAGAAUUGGCUUAUACAUAUGCGCAACGUGCGGCUGAGACAGAAAUGGCUACAGCCGAGUUCGCUAUGGGCUACUUCUAUGAGAUUGGAAUGUAUGUCAAGAAAAAUCUCGAAAUAGCUUCACAAUGGUAUGACAAGGCUGCCAAGCACGGUAACCAGGAUGCUCUUGGGAGAAUCGAUAGCAUUAGAGCAAACCACACACUUUCCAAGGGUGACCAUGGAGCGGCGAUUCAACGUAUCAAGUCAACGCACGGUUCUCGAAGAGGAGCCAGGCCGGAGAGAUUUACGCAAGCUAAUGCUCCACCAAUGCCAACUAUGGCAGAAGAUUACUCCUCACCAACUCCUCCUGUGCACAGUCAAAAGCCUAAGGUUAAAAAGGGUGCACCUGCGGGUAUUCGUCCAAUCUCUAUUGCACCAUAUCCAGAGGAUGACUACAGUCCUGGUAAUCGCGGUAAUGGUAACCCUCCCAGAUCUCCGAGAUAUCCUCCACAAGAUGGACUACGACCAUCAACCUCAAGUUCGAACCCAGCAUCAGAUCGACCAUCUUCUGCUUUUGGUAUUCGCUCUCAGCAACAACCACCUCAUUUGGGAAUUACACAUCAAAACACAGAGCCUAUACGAUCAUCAUCUCCUAUGGGUCAAAUGCCUCCACAAGGUCGCAAUCCAUCACCCAACCGCGCUCCAAAUAUUCCUCCAAUGAGUUUCGAAUCUGGUUAUCAGAAUCCACAGCAAAGACCUCCAACUUCUGGAUCAAGGCCUGGAACUGCACAAUCCGUCCAGUCGUUUCAGUCUCAACAAUCUGCAUAUGGUUCCAGACCAGGACCUGGUCAGAACGUCUUACCCCCACGAGGCGGUUCCAUGACGCCAGUUUCGGCUGCUUCCUCUACAGCAAGCAGAAAACCAGUUGGUAAUCCAAUGUCUCCGCAAGACUCGAGACAAUCUUCUGUCUCGUCAGCUCCUACUACUCCUGCUCCUACUCCAGUUGCAGCUCCACCAAAACCAUCUGCUCCUGCUAAGAAAGGACCUGCCACUUUUGAGGAAAUGGGUAUUCCACAAACCAAGAGUGAAGGCGACUGUGUCGUUAUGUAA